ACCAGUUUAGUUCUGGUUGGCAUUCGAGCGCAUGCUGUGCACGGUCCAAGGAUAGCACAAUAAUCUUUAAUCAGGAGUUUUGACGAGUCACCGUUUCAUCGAUCAAUCUGAUAAACAUUAAUAUAGAAAAAAAAAAAAAAAAAACGUAUUUUGCGCUUCAGUACAAACUUUUGCUGCUAAAAAUCUAAGUUUCUGGUGUUUUACGUGGUGCAGUUUGACGUUUCUCUCGGAAAAACAAUUUUAACAACUAUGGCAUUUACGCACGUGCACCGCUCAGUCGCUACACGUCAGCGUUAAUUGAUGUGUUGUCUCUAUAUCGCAAAUUAAAAAAAAAAAAAAAAUUACAAUCUGCAGUGCGAUACAAGUUGAACUUUUACAACCAAGACUAACGAGCUCGGUCAACAAAGCCGCCAGAGGAGCAAGCACGACAGGCUCGAUUCGAUAAUAUUUGUCGAUAAAGUCGAUCUAUCUAGCGUGUUGCGGCGCACGUGGAAACGCGGAAAGCAGACUUGUUUUCUGCGUUCGCGUGUUUUUUUAUUGCAACACGCACUUGAUAAAUGACACUUGUGAAAUUCACACGAAUACACACAGUUUCACCGUUUGAAACGAAGUUGGAGGGAAGGAAGUUCGUUGACAAGAUUCGUAACGAUCCGUUCUCAGGUACACUUUGCUACCUGAAAGGUAAUAUUCCCCCUCUUCUCAUUCUCCGACUGAGUCAUACACACGAAAACCACCACAUACACAAUCACCAUCAUACAUACAGACAUAUCCUAUUCUAACCUGAGGUAGACUGCGAAAAGAAGUAGUUACACGACUUUGAUCUAAGUUGUCAUAUGAGAUUUUUUCUCGCUUACACUGGUCGUUAUCAAGAACUAACGAGUCGAGAAGCUGCUUCGGAAAAUCCACGUUUGAGCAGAGGUCAAGAAGAGCAGAUAUGAGAGCGAGUCGUCGUCGGUACGCAGUCUAAGAAUAUCACGGUGUGUAGAUCGUUGAACUGUAGAGGCUUCCUUUCUUCUUUCCGCGUGUCGAGGUGCUCGCAAGAAAUAAAUCAGAAACUUUCUCUGACGACGCGUUCUACUCGGCAGUACUACGUAAACGAUGUCGGGGGACACCACGUCCGAUGACGAGGGAUCGCAGGAGGAUUCACCGCGAUACGACGUUGAUGACUUGGAAAUUAUUAAAACUAUCGGUACAGGCACAUUCGGCAGAGUAGUUCUCUGCAGACAUCACGGCACGUUCCUCGCAUUGAAAAUCCUUUCUAUGGUCGACGUAAUCAGAUUAAAGCAAGUCGAGCACUUACGAAAUGAAAUUACGAUUCUCAAAGAAGUUAAACAUCCUUUUAUCGUUAACAUGCUAUGGAGCGGCCGAGAUGAAGCCAGAGUGUACAUGCUGCUGGAGUUUGUCGCCGGUGGAGAACUCUUUUCUUACCUGAGAUCGGCCGGAAGAUUUGCCGGACCGACAAGCUGCUUUUACGCCGCCGAAAUAGUCUGUGCACUUGAUUACUUGCAUAGCAAACAUAUAGUUUACAGGGAUCUCAAGCCAGAGAAUCUUCUCCUGGACAGUCAAGGCCAUCUGAAAAUCACCGACUUCGGCUUUUCUAAGAAACUCACAGACAGAACAUGGACGUUGUGUGGCACGCCAGAAUACUUGGCGCCAGAAAUAAUUCAAAGCAAAGGACACAACAAAGCCGUGGACUGGUGGGCGUUGGGUGUCCUGAUCUAUGAGAUGCUGGCGGGAUAUCCGCCGUUCUUCGACGACAAUCCCUUCGGUAUCUACGAGAAGAUCCUGAGCGGCAGAAUAGAAUGGCCGAAGCACAUGGAUCCUAUCGCGAAGGACCUGAUUAAGAAAUUACUGGUAGCCGAUAGAACGAAGAGACUGGGGAACAUGAGGCAGGGCGCCGAAGAUGUCAAAAGGCACCGAUGGUUCAAACUGGUCGAGUGGCCUCUGGUACCGCAAAAAGCCUUGACACCACCGAUAAGGCCACGUGUGAAAACGCCGGGUGACGCCAGCUGCUUCGACGACUAUCCCGAGACCGACUGGCGUUCACAACCACCUUUGCCGCCGGAUCAAUUAGCUUUGUUCCAAGAUUUUUGACAGCUAAUGUCGCGAGUUUACCGAGGAAACUUUUAUACAUGAAAGAACUUUGCUCUUUGUGACGCAGAAACGUACGUGAUCGCGUAAUUUGACAAUACGUCGUGUGUUUAAUUUUCCAUCGUUACGUAUAUCUGUACAUAUAGGUAACUUUUUAUAUGUAUUUUACUGCGAAUACUAUUUAUUUGUACGUGCAGUCUAGGCUAGGCGUUCUUUUUCAUUUUUGUUUUUGUGAACUUCUGUAAAUAAAAAAAAAAACACAAGAAUUGAAAGAAGAAAUUUUAUUAAUUCAAAUAACUUUUAUUAAUUGUUGUUUAUAUUAAAAAAUUGGAAAGUUAGAUCUUUUAUCGAUAGAUAUAUUGUUGCGAUGCGAUUCAAAUCGUAUCGUUAUUAGCAAAAUAUCGAUUCUUAUGUUCAUCCGGCAAUCGUCGUGGCAAGUAGAUUUUGUUUAACGCACACUGCGUUAUUAUCUGAUAAACAGAAUAUUACAAGUGAUUUACCGUCAUCUAUUUCAUUUAUUUUGCAAAACGUGGUAAAUAAUUUAAAGUGAGCCUUGGCACGCGACAUUUGCAUGUCUGAUCUUUACCGCGCGAUAAAAAUCAACAUGAUUCUGUCCAAACCACAGUAUAAAGCAAUUCUACGUAGAAGUAACAUUGUUGGUACGUCAAACAAUAGUUUUACGUGAAGUACUUUGCGAAAAUAGCGAAAAGAAAUUGACAAAGCGCACUUUCCGAGAGCUCUCCGAAUUGUUUGCAUCAUGAUGCCAAAUAUUUUGCAGAAGAAACAAACAGUGAAGAGAAUCGUAGUGAACCGCGUAGAAAUCCCAAAGAAGAUAAGCAAGGAAAAGUUAUUCAACCGCGAUAAAUCACGUGAUGUGCGAUCAGAAAGUAGAAUAAUAAAAAUUGUUCGUAAGCUUGUGCAAGAAUAUCUACAAGAUACUUCGAUACAUGGUUUGAAAUAUCUCGGCAAAAUACGAAUAAAAUCUACUAUUAUCGGCAAACUCUUCUGGGGAUUAAUUAUGAUCUGCAGUUUUGUGUGUGGGUAAAACACAUAUAUGUCUAUUUAAACUUUCGUAUAAAUAUAAUAUCAUUAUACAAUAUUUUUAUAUAUUUAUAUA